AUGGCUUCCAAGAAGAUCGAGCAAUGGGAGAUCGAGCGAUACUGGGAGAUUUUCUCCUCGCUCGCCAAUGGCCAGCCCCGGCUCAACAGCUCCCAAGCCGCCUCGGUGCUGAGGAAUAGUCGCCUGCGCGAUGAGCAACUCGAGAGGGUCUGGGACAUUGCGGACGUUGACGGAGACGGGGAGCUGGAUUUCGAGGAGUUUUGUGUUGCGAUGCGCUUGGUAUUUGAUCUGGUGAAUGGUGAACUACAAGACGUCCCACCUGUUCUGCCCGAUUGGCUCGUCCCCGAAUCCAAAUCACAUCUCGUUCAUGCGACGCGGGCACUGAGCAGCCGCCCGGAGCAGUUCGAGCGCAUCGAGGACGAGGACGAGUCCCUCGGUCUAAAGAACGGCUUCGAUUGGUAUAUGAAACCCAGCGACCGGUCCAAGUAUGAGGAGAUCUAUAGCGCCAACCGGAACCACCGCGGCGAGACUACAUUCGAAUCACUUCAACCACUCUACGAGUCGCUCGACGUCCCCGACACCGACAUCCGUUCUGCCUGGAACCUCGUUAACCCAUCUGCGUCUCCGGCCAUUAACAAGGACGCCACUCUUGCUUUCCUGCACAUCCUGAACUACCGCCACGAGGGCUUCCGUAUCCCGCGCACCAUCCCCGCGUCGCUGCGGGCCUCGUUCGAGAACAACCAAAUUGACUACCAAGUCGACCAGCCGCGUCCCGCCCAGCGCUGGGGUGCCGACGGCAACACAGAAACCCCGACAGGCCGUAAGGGCAAGUUUGGCGACACAUAUUUGAGCCGCCUGGGCGCCGGUGGCAAGGGCUCGUACCAACCCAAGGGCACAGAUUUCAGCGACACAAUCCAGGACGAGGAAUGGGAGAAGGUGCGCCUGCGUCGCGAGCUGGCGGAGCUCGAGGCUAAGCUCAACUCGGCCAACCAAGCAUCUGACACGAGACGGGAUCGGCCCCGCAACGACGGCCGCCCGAACUGGGUUCUCAUCAAGAAGGAGGCGCUGCAGCUGCUGGAGUAUAAGGAGCGUGAACUGCGCGAGCUGAAGGAAGGCGCUGGCCGGUCCAAAGAUGGCCAGGAUCUGGAGCGACUGGGAGAAGAUGUCCAAACUGUUGGCGAGCAGGUCGAGAGCUUGAAGAGUCAUUUGGCCCAGCGGACUGGUGUCCUGACAGACUUACGUCGGCAGAUCGAAGAAGCUCGGAUUCGCCGAUGA